AUGGAGACCGCCGCGAAGGAGCUCGUCCUCAAGAAAGACGAAGUGGAGCGAGAAAUACAGGAGCUCACGGCCUACCUCACGGCACCUGGAAUGCCAGGCCUCUCUGGGGGACUCGUUGAUCGCGAAGGCUACCCGCUUGCGGACGUGGACAAGAUCAUAGCUGUGCGGCAGGCCCGCCACCGCCUGGCAUGCCUGCAAAACGACCACAAGGGCCUCAUGGCCCAGAUCGAGCGAGAGCUGCACACCUUGCACGCUGUCGGCAAAACCCCGGCGGAAGCAGCGUCUUCUGCCCCUGCGGCGGCGUGCGCCGCUUCCGACGAGAGCACCGCUGGAUGGCACCUGAAGAAGCCCAUCGCGCUUAUCGACCAGGUGUCGGACUCUUCUCCCGCCCACACUGCAGGGCUGCGCCCUGGUGACGUCCUCUUGCGCUUUGGCUCCGUCGUGCACGACGGGUCGUCCGGCGGAAGCGCGUCGCCCUGGCUGGGCCACAUUGCGCAGGUGGUACGCGACAGCGAGGGACGUGAGGUGGCACUCUGGGUGCGACGGGGCGAAAAUCAGCACCUCCGCCUCAUCCUCGUGCCGCGCCCCUGGGCCGGCCGCGGGCUCGUUGGGUGCCACAUCGUGCCCCUUCCCGUGUCGUGA